UGAGUAGGGAAUGUAAACCAUGUUGUCCCCAUGGCUUCACUGACUGUGGUGAUAAAUAGAUUUAUAAAUUGAUAACCUUGGUGCGAAUGGAUGUGUGGAUUAUGUUGGGAUUGUAAUUUUGAAUAACGGUUAAAGUCGAUGACUAUGGAUUCGUAUUUGGCAGCUAUUUUGAUUUGCAACAUCAUCACCUUCGUUGCAUGCCAGACCAAUGAAUAUGCAUCAACGGCAGACCCCAGUCAACAGCCAUAUAUUGCUCCCCAACAAAACGCAGAGCAGGAAGGUAACCAUACACAGCCAACUUCGUGUCGAAUUAGGCCAGCAGCUCGAGAGCAGACACAGUUUUUCCGGGAUUCGGUGAUGUAUAUCUUCGAGCUGGAGAUUUAUAACCAGUCUGAGGACCCAAUGCGCUCAGAUAUUUCCAGAACGUUUAAGCCAUGGAAGUGGUAUCGUACGUCAUCGGAACACGGCAAGACGCUUCUAACUCUUUCAUUUAAUUACGACAUUCUUUCGCUGUCAAUCCUUACAAUCGGUGUACAGCGCGUCCCUCUAAAACUUAAAGACGUUCCUGAAGGAUGCUUCAAGCGUCUAACGGCUGAGGAACGCGUUGACAUGAUUCGCGAAAAAGUCUUUGACAAUUUCAGGAAACGUAAAAGUAAGAAAAAGCCACAAGAGGGCGACGAGGAAUUAGAGGAGAUUAUUCAACCGGAGGUCAUUUAUGUCUGCAACGAGAUCAUACGAGAUGUGAACGGAAAAGCCGUUUUUGCGAAUCGAUGUUGCGCGCGAAACGUGGACGGCGGUGAGGUCACGUGUUCAGAGCAAGAGCACAACCUAUGGAUCACAGUAUUGUAUAUUUGCAUCGGUCUGGUCAAACUGAUGAUCUUCAUGUUUUGCCCGCUUUUGAUACCAGCCACCAUGUACACCGCGUCCUACGUUGCAGCUGAAUACGUGGUGAAACUGACAAAAGACCUCACGUUUAAAAUGUUCGUCAGCGAAAGCCUGACUACGUCUGUCCGGUACAAACAUAGGUUCACUACGGAGGAGAUCUCAGAAUGGCGGCGAUUUAGAGAAUGCGUGAUGACCUUGCCAAUGGACCGAAUCAUUGAUGUUAAAAUAAACGAACUACGGAUCAAAGUGAAGGGAAAACGAAUAAUUCCUGCUAAUGAGCCCCCGACGGGUUUGCUCCGCACAUUCUAUGACAAUCUUAUACGGUGUAAAAUACGUGGUUUGGAGCCAUUCAAAAGUUGCUGCAACAAAAGUGUCUAUGCUUCUUUGGAGCCAUUGGUGAAACACAAGUGUACCUGGGAAAACUUAGUUCUUACUGUAAUUAAAAUCCUUUGUUUGGCGUUGGUCCCAGCUCCAUUUUAUCUUAGAGCUUUCAUAUUUUAUAGAUUUGAAGAAGAUGAAAUACUAUUCAGAAAUAAUAUUGUGGAAGGCCUGGGACUCAAAACAGAGUUCAACCCGUUUCGUAUGAACUUUGUGCAGUAUUUUACCCCGACACACUGGCUGUUCAUACUCUCCUACUCAGUGUUCAUAGUUGCUGGGUUGGUGAUCGGCUUUGUAGAAGAGAGGUCACGUGAUAAGCUAAAAUCAAUCGUACGCUCCGCGUUUCACGACAUGCAGAAUGUGUCUCGCACGAACGUGCUGCAAGUUGUGCUCGGGUUUCUACUAUGGCCGUUCCGCAAACUAGGGCUUCUGGCCCUUAUUUCCUGUCCGGUCGUCAGUGCGGUGACGGCCCCUGUCUGGGCUUCAGUAUUUGUCAUCUACAAUGUUCCAACGGUGUAUCUAGCUUACCGACUUAUAUACCACGUUCGCAGCAAGCUCGGCAGUGACGUCAGCAUGUUCGAAUCAGACAAACCCUUAGGCAAAGCGAAACAAACUGCUUAUAAAAUGCAUCAAAAGCUAACAUCUAUUGACAAAACGGUUCACAUCAAUAGGACGAAAUUUUACGACGAAGAAAAGCAGAGCCCGUGCGUGACGGGAUUCGGUCGUCUGGCGGCUUUUCGUCGUCUGCUUAUCCAGAUGCUUGUCGGUUUGUUUUGCCUCGUGGUGUUGUUCGCGUCAGUGCUACUGUUUGUCGAAUCGAUUGGCGUGAUCGUCGAGAUGCUGGUGUUCACAAUGAUGGGGAUUAUAGUGAACGCCGGAUCGACGUUACGUUACGUCAGCAUGGCGUUGCUAGUGAUUGUGUACAUGCAUAACUGCUACGAUAACGUGUACGAAAACUACCUGAUGUUCAACCAGAACAUUUUUGAAGCGGUGAUGGAAAAGGUGGAGGAUCUUAAGAAAGUGGCGAGUCUUCCAUCAAGCAUGCAGGAAAACGCCGCGUUUCAGGUUAAGCCGGUGGAAGCGGUGGACGAGAUUCCAACAACCCUAAAUCAAGAGAAGAAAGAAUCACAAUGGCGGAUAGGUCACCUUAUGCUAUUUUUAGAUUCCUUCGACACACCCAGAAUUCCGUUGAACCUUUUCAAAAAACUAUGUGAGGUCAGAGUUCACGGCGCACCUGGUCCGGUGUACAUUAACCUUCUUAAAGCCACCGGAAAAUUUUUCAUUAUUGUAGUGUUUUUGUUCUUUGUAAUGAUUGUCGUUAUGGCGUUUGGAAGUGCACACCAGAUGUCGUCCACCAAUCAGACGCUAGCAACGCUUGCUGGUGGCUUCGUACCGAUGUUGUUGAAAAACGUUCUAUCCACAAAAGGGGAGAAACUCGAUUUGAGGACGCUAAGUUUCAAAGGCCAGCUCGAUGAAAUUAUUUCAGAAUUCAAGCAAGGAUGGCCGAUAAACGAUAUGGUUGUAGAACAGUUUGAUCCAAACGCAGUUGAGAAAACGGAAGAGAAGGUUGAGGAUGACGCUGCAAAUAAGAUAGAUAAGGACGAAGGCAGCGAUGCUAAUCAGUGCAAGGAUAAGAAAGACGAUUCCGGAAAGCAAACAGAUGACAAGAAAGAAAAAGAGGAAAACCAUAAAGAUGUUCAGAAUGGUAAAGAACCCACUUUAACUGCUGUAGGUAGCACAUUAAUGGUUCCCGGUACUUUCUCCGAUAGUACAGAGGACUUACGAAAAGUAGAUGACCACAAAGGUGGUCCGGAGUGGCUUCGUAAACUCUCGAUUAAUCCCUUGGAAGACAACCAGGUUGACAUCUUUGUAGACCUAAGUGUCGUUCACGAGACAACUCCAUGGAAGUGGAUGUUCGGAGGUUCUGACGAGUCCAUUGACGGACACUCCAUGACAAUGCUCAAUGACUUCCACGUGCCCAACAAUGAAACACGCCUGUCCUAUGCCCCGGAUAUGAACACGGAUAGCUUGCAGAGGCAGUUUAAGACGCAUCGUCCAACUACCAGAGAAAAUCAUUUUGGAAUGUAAUUGUUUGUCUACGAUUUUUUUUAACUUUAAUUCGGUUUCAUUCUUAGAAGAUCUCUGGCUUACAGGUGUAACGUAUUGUGAAGUUCAGUCGAUUUUUGUAUAGACUGAAAUAAGCUGUCAGGGAAGAUUGUUAGAAUAUAACCAUAGAUGGUGAUAUAAAAAACGAAUACCAAAAGAUGAUCGCCGUGUGCAUAUCAAAUCAGACUGAAUUAUUUGUGUUAACUCCAAGAAACAUAUCUGCUCCUGACGAGCUUGCUGCAGGGAACACGUCGGUGUACAUCGCAUAAACACGUGCAUGAAACUGACCAACCAGAAACCUAUUUACUACUAUAAUAUGCCCAAUGAAAAACAUGUGUAAAAACGAUAUGCAAAAGGUACGGUUUAUCUCUGUAUUGAAUUGAAAACAUUACAGUUUUAAUACUUUAUUAUAAAUAUAUAUAUAAAUAACAACAUAUGUUAGAAUAAUAAAUAAAUAAAUUGUAAAUGCAAUGGAUUCAUGGAAACAAGUGUUCAGGAAUACUACGUCAAGCUAUUGGACUAUAGGGGACAUAACCAGGUACAAUUGAAAACAGCACAGAAACAAGCUGUUGCGUUCAACUAACGCAGAUUUAUCAGAUGCAAGCCUGGUUAGUAUUGAUGCAUUCAUUGGUCCAUUUGAACAUGCUCGAAUACAAAAGUAGGUAAAUUUAAUGGUCAACAUGAGGUCUGGUGAUGUUAGGGUGCUAAGCCUUAAAUACAGGUAUCAAGUAAGUAGCAUUCAUGACAAGCACAACCAAAAUGUUUACCUUCUGAGUUAAUCUUAGUCCUAAAGACGGUAAA